UGGGAAAUCAGCUUCUCUUAAUACCGGCAUUCAGCUUCAGUCAACGGUUAUCAAAAUGGGUUUCGCUUCAAAUCUUUAUAUUCAAGGCGCUCUUAUUGAUAUAUCGGAAGCAAUACCAAAUUCAAGAUCCUGAUCAGUCUGCAAUUGGAGAAUAUGGCUCAACUUGAUCCCAUGCAUCAAUAUGGCGAUAAUCCUAGAAGUACUACCAAUCCAACUGUUGAACAUCUUCGAGUUGGGGAAGCUCAAACCUGGUCACCACGUUCGCACGCUUCAUCAACCACAUAUGCAAGGAGCCACGAGGUCCAUGAUACUGAAGACGUCCAGUACCAUUCCAAAAAGUUAACUGUCAUUGCCAAAGUCAAGGAUAAGGCUCGAAGAUGGAGACAUAGUCUAAUAAAAAAGAAGCAUAGUGAAGGAGAUAACUCCACGCCUUCAUGGGGUGUUAGAUUGGAAGAUGAGGACUACGAAGAUGAAGAUCCUGAAUAUCUCGGUGCUCCAAUGUAUGAAUCGGAGCUGGCACCUGAGGGAUAUAAGGAGAAUGCAAGGCAGAAUCCAAGGGCAGUUCCUGUAAUCUCAGAGAAGCAUGUUUUGGCAAGCAGUGUUAAACCUGUUUCUGAACAAGGAAAAAAGGAACCUACAUUAGCUGAAACCAAGGCCAAGAAACCUGCACCAGCUAAUGCCACGGGAACAGAUGCAACCCGGAAUAUUACUUCAAUGACUCAAGGACUCUUUGUCUCAGCCCCAACAGGUUCAGAAACUGAGAAGCAUGCUACUCAUGAAGCUGGCAUGUAUGCUACUCAAGAAACUGACAAGCAUUUGCUAAAAACUGAUAGCAAACUCAGCCCCAGAGAGAACAAAUGGGAUAAAGGGGUUUCAGUGAAAGCGUAUAUAAUGAACAAAUUUGAGCCAGGGGAAGAUGAGAAAGCACUUUCUCAGGUAAUAUCUAAUGCAAUAAGCCCAAGGAGAACUCCUGGUGAUGUGGGUGUGCUAGAUAAAGUGAAAGGUGCUGUAAAUUCUUUGCUCUGGAGAGAGGAGCCGACCCAAUCUACAAUCAAGCAAUCAGAUACAAACUCAUUUCCACAAAUUCCCGUUUCUACCAAUGCUCAAACUGGUACACCUAUUUUUCAUAUUCGCACAAUGGGUAUACUUGCAUACUUGAUUUUAGUAUUAGAGGAAUCAAAAUUUAAUAAAUGGAUCCUGAAUUCUUACUGCCUCAGGAUUAUGAAAUCCAAAUUAGAUCAUAAUAUAUAGUGCCGUAAUUUCUUUCUAGAACCUAGAUGCUCUUUCAAAAAUGAUUAAUUUUAUGGUAAGUUUUCAGUUCUGUCCUGUUAUGGCGGUCUAGUAGUCCUCAUUUUUGUCAUCUGGUAACUUAAGUCGAUCCUUACUCAGGAUAUCAAUCACUCCU